UUUCUGUCAGGCGCUCCGGACCCGGUCCUAUAAGGGUCCAUUGAUGGGCAGACUGGUUCAGAAGCGCUUCAGCCACUGUUGUGUUCUGAGAGAGGUGAAGGGCGCAACACACUGACAGUGUGUCUAUUCGCGACUCCGUCCGAGCUGAAUCUUUGCGGACUUGUGAAAGCUGGGACUCUGCGCGAUCGAGAAGCAACUUUUGAAAAGCAGAUAGCCUACAUUUUAUUUGUUAUUUUUUGUAGGUUUGCGUUUAUUGAGUCAAUUAUUAGCUGAUUUCUUUUGCAGUCUUGGGAUAAUUUAUUUAAGAAAAAGCCGUCUAAUCGACCUUCUUUCUAUUUAAGGCGUUUUGAAUUGACAGUAUUCUGCCAGUUUUGUUGCAGAAACAACACAGGUUUACUUAGUUUAAUUCGUUUACUAGUCAGUUCGGUACAUAGCUGAACAUAUCACAACUUUGGCUGCUAUAACUGACUUGUCAUUCAAACCACAAUAGGAUAAAGAACUGUGCGUGCGCUUUCUAUAAAAGUUUAUCUCCGUUUUUAAUUUAUUUAAUUAUCUUGCUCAAGAUGAUGAAUACGAUGGUAAUUCUUGCCGAGUUCUUUGUGGUCAUUUUGAAAGUGCUCUGGGCUUUUGUUACCGCCGGGGCGAAAUGGGUGGUGCGACCGAAGGAGAAGAGUGUAGCGGGACAGGUGUGUGUGAUCACCGGGGCUGGAAGCGGUCUGGGUCGGCUGUUCGCCAAGGAGUUCGCUCGGAGACGGGCAGUAUUGGUGCUGUGGGACAUCAACAGCCAAAGCAACGAAGAGACGGCGGAGUUGGUACGGGAAAUCUACCGAGAACUGGACAGUGAAACCCCGAUGUCCAGAGACGGCGCAGUUGGAGGGUUAGAAGAGAUUCCUCCCUUCCAGCCACAGGUGUACACGUACGUGUGUGACGUGGGCAAGCGGGAGAGUGUGUACUCCACGGCGGAGAAGGUGCGUCGGGAGGUGGGCAACGUGGACAUGUUGAUCAACAACGCUGGAGUGGUCUCUGGUCACCAUCUCCUGGAGUGUCCUGACGAGCUGAUCGAACGCACCAUGCGGGUCAACUGCCACGCACAUUUCUGGACCACCAAGGCCUUCCUUCCCAAGAUGUUGGAGCUGAACCACGGCCACAUUGUGACGGUUGCCAGCUCUCUGGGGCUAUUCAGCACAGCUGGUGUGGAGGAUUACUGCGCCAGUAAGUUCGGGGCCAUCGGCUUCCACGAGUCGCUGAGCCACGAGAUCAAGGCUUCGGAUAAGGACGGCAUUAAGAUGACGCUGGUGUGUCCCUACCUGGUGGACACGGGCAUGUUCAAAGGCUGCAGGAUAAGGAAAGAGAUUGAGCCUUUCCUGCCUCCCCUGAAGCCAGAGUUCUGCGUAACACAGUCUAUGAGGGCCAUUCUCACGGAUCAGGCUAUGAUCUGCACCCCUCGAAUCGUAUAUAUGGUCAACAUCAUGAAAAGCAUCCUGCCCUUUGAGGCCAUCGUUUGUAUGUACAGGUUCCUGGGUGCUGAUAAGUGUAUGUACCCCUUCCUUGCCCAGAGGAAGGAGCUGAUGAACAACAACGAGGCUAAAGAGGAUAUCUAACAGGAGGACCAGGGCGAAGGCACAUGGCCUGGAGGCACCAGGAUAGACCACUGAGGGAGCAUGGAUGAAGAGAAAUAAGACUGAAUCUAGACUGGUGCACUUUGCAUUGAGCGGAUACAAAAAGGUUGACCGUAUCGUUCUUCUGGAACGAUGCCAAGCUGUGUACAAAAACACAAAGGAUUUAUUUCUGACGGUUGUUUAAAAGAAACCAAUCAUCUAUAUACUGUGUCAAUAGUUUAUUUUUUAAUUUUUAAUUUUUAAAGGUAUUCAGUAAUUAACUAUUUACAUAAUGUAGUCACCGGCUUUUUAUGUAGUGCCUCGGCGGAAAAUAUACAGUAUGUUACUGUACAGUACAAUCUUGUUACUUUUAGUUAUUUUAAUAUGUAGACAUGCACUGUAAUACUGACUUUCUCUGUAUGGCCAAGUCUCUAUGUCGAAACUACAGUUCAACGUGGCAUUUCCAGAAUUAUAUUACCCAGCAAACCCCUGAGGCUCAGCCUAACCAAUCACAACAUGAUGCUCCAAAUGGCUAUCCAAUCAUACUGUUAGCGAUCUUAGCUUGCCUUCAUUGUAUUUUACUUCUGCAGAUCACUUGAAGAUUUUCUGAUUAUUCCGUUUAUUUCAAACCCGUUCAUUUUAACGUUAUUUUAAGUUUACAACAUUUUAACGUUAUCCUAAGUUUACAAAAAAAAUUGUAUUUCACUUCUUAAUUUUUUUUGUCAUCAUGGAAGAUCCAAAACAGCAAAUCAUUGAAUUGUAGAAGCAUGUUAUUAUCGUUUUUCUCCCCCAGAGAAGGUUUCUAUUCAUCUUUCCAGCGGAAUACUCCAUUUCUCUCCUGUUAGAAUAGUGGUACAGAAUAUUGGAAUAUUAGUUCGCAUAUUGGCUGACCUACCUAAGGCUUAUCCAAUCGGGUGACCUACCUGAGGCUUAUCCAAUCGGGUGACCUACCUGAGGCUUAUCCAAUCGGGUGACCUACCUGAGGCUUAUCCAAUCGGGUGACCUACCUAAGGCUUAUCCAAUCGGGUGACCUACCUGAGGCUUAUCCAAUCGGGUGACACAUUUCAGAACAUCCAGAUGUAAUGUAAAGGGCUGUGGAAUUCAACCAAGUUUAUUUUUUAAAUUUUAUUUUACCUUCAUUUAAGCAGGCAAGUCAGUUAAGAACAAAUUCUUAUUUUCAAUAAUGGCCUAGGAACAGUGGGUUAACUGGUCUAGGAACAGUGGGUUAACUGGUCUAGGAACAGUGGGUUAACUGGUCUAGGAACAGUGGGUUAACUGCCUGUUCAGGGGCAGAACAACAGAUUUGUACCUUGUCAGCUCGGGGAUUUGAACUUGCAACCUUCCGGUUACUGGCCCAACGCUCUAACCACUAGGCUUCCCUGCCGCCCCAAGUCAGUUUUCAUAUAGCGUCCUGUCCGAGUUUCCAGGUGUUUUCCAGAAAUCCUGGUUGGAAGAUUCCUAGAAUCACAUGUUUUUUUUUUCUUGUUUAACAGGAAUUUUUACAAUAGAGCACAUUUUGACUUUGCAGCUCUCCCAUCUAGGCAAGUUGACAUUUAUUGGAAUGAGUCUUGUCCUUGAGGCAGAACUGAGCCAUUUCUGCUAGAUGGGCCAGCUGCAAAGUCAAAAUUGGCUACAUUCAUAAAAACAAAUGUGCUUUUUGGUCUUAAUUUGAAGUUAGGGUUCAAAUCUGAUUUUGUGGCUAUGCCAGAUAGUGACCACUGUGCAGAUUUGCCUCCAGAAUAAUAUUCAUGGUGAAAAACGCCAACCUUACCCCAUCUAGCAGAAAUGGCUCAGUUCUGCCUCCAGAACAAGAUUCAUGACAAACUUCAACCUGUUGAAAGGUACUGGAAUUUUGCAGCCCCUAUUUCCUCUGGUUGAACUGAUGGAGUCAAUCAGCCUGAAGGCUCAAUACCCUUCUGAACUCUGAUAUGAGUAUUGAUUGAUUGAUACUGAUGACUACUGGCUUUUUAGCAUUUUCCCCAUAAGACAUACUUCCAAUCCAACCAAUGACCAGCCCUUGAUCUCCCAGUGAAUGAUCUGUGAGCGGAGGAACUGUGUAGCUAGCUGAUCUAGAAACUCACGUCUUAGUGAAAACACGUCUUAGUCUCUCUAUCAUCCUACACUACAUUCAUUAGUCUCUCUCUUUCUCUCUCUCUCUCGUCCUCCACUACAUUCAUUAGUCUCUCUCCCUCUCUCUCGUCCUCCACUACAUUCAUUAGUCUCUCUCUCUCUCUCGUCCUCCACUACAUUCAUUAGUCUCUCUCUUUCUCUCUCUCUAUCAUCCUUCACUACAUUCAGUAGUCUCUCUCUCUCUCUAUCGUCCUCCACUACAUUCAUUAGUCUCUCUCUUUCUCUCUCUCUAUCGUCCUCCACUACUUGUGUCCAGUGAAGCUGAAAAUGUAAACAUUGGUUGAGUUGUUUUGAGUAUAGUACUACAUUACCCACAAUUCCCUCCAUGGAAAUUAUUUUUCACUAGGGUUGCACAUUUCUGGUAACUUUCCUAAAAAAAAUCCAGCCCUGAUUUGUCUAGAAAUCUUGGUUAAAAAGGUUUCUGGAAUCAAGAUGUGGAGGAAAAAACAGGAAAUCCUACAACCAGGAUUUCUGGGAAUUUGAGGAAAUGUACUGUACAUUUGCAACCUUAGUCUCCCCUGUAUUUGAUAUUUGGUUACAUAUAUAUUUGAUCUAUUUUAGGGAAGAACACAACUACAACUACAUUCCAAUAGGCCUCAUUCCUCCAGCUACGGUAAUGAGCCUAAAUACUCUACCUCUUCAUUUGCCAUUUGUUGACAGUAUGACAUAAAAUCCUAUUUUCUUUUUAUUUUGUUUUUGUUGUGGUAAUUCUUUCUGAAAGACUGCUCUUUAGUCGAGCAGAUGUGGUUCCUAUGUUUAGUGUCUGUACCUAACUUAAAUGAAUAAAGUGAUUUCUAGAUUAUAA